AGAAAGGGUUUUUGCACACCCUUAAUUGAGCCUCACAAGCCCCUCCUCUCUUCCUCUUUUUCCCUGUCUCUCUCUCUCUCCUCCCCGUAGAGAGAGAAAAAUUCCCCCAAACCCAAACCCUAUUUCUUCAAAUUCCUCUCUAUCUAUCCCCUUAUCUUCAUCGAAUCUUCAAUCCGCCGGUAAAUUCCGCCGGAUUUUUAUUUUCCGACGUUCUUCCAACCCUAAUUUUAUCUCCCAGUUUCGCGUUUCGAGUAGCUAGCUGAGUUAUGCCGGCUGACCAGACCUCAAUUAGCUUAAGACCUGGUGGUGGUGGAGGCAAUCGAGGCCCUCGAUUUCUCGGACCCCGAUUCGAUUCUUCUUCUUCAUCGUCUUCUGCUGCUGCUGCUGCCUCUGACAAUCUUCGUCCUCAUGGCGCCGCCUCGCUCAAGUUUGGAGAUACUCGAUUUGAGAGUCGUGAACGCGUCCGCUACACUCGAGAUCAGCUGUUGCAACUCACAGAGGUGGCGGUGGUUCCUGAGGCCAUCCUAAUUGUCAAAAGAGAAGUUGAUUCUGAGGUACUUGGUGAAGAGCAGACCUGGAGUCGUGCUGAAGCUACUCCUCCAAGUCAGCCGCAACCUCGUUAUGCUGAGCCUGAUAAUCGUGAUUGGCGUAGUCGCACUACCCAGGUAUCUACCCCAGCAGAGGAGAGGUCUUGGGAGACGAUCAAAGAUCGAGAAUUUGUCAUUAAGGGUUCGGAUAAUCGCCAGGACCAGCUUAACUCCCAAUUUGGAAGGGCACAGAAUUCCUCAAGUAAAGGGGGUCCAACCCCGGCUCUGAUUAAGGCUGAGGUGCCAUGGUCUGCUAGAAGAGGGACCCUCUCUGACAAUGACCGUGUUUUGAAGACUGUGAAAGGUAUUCUGAAUAAGCUCACACCUGAGAAGUAUGAUCUUCUCAAAGGUCAACUAAUUGAUUCUGGCAUCACAUCAGCUGAUAUUCUAAAGGGAGUUAUUUCAUUGAUAUUUGAAAAAGCUGUUUUGGAGCCUACAUUUUGCCCUAUGUAUGCACAGUUGUGUUCUGAUCUGAAUGAAAAGCUUCCUCCAUUCCCAGCAGAGGAAUCUGGUGGAAAAGAAAUCACUUUCAAGCGUAUUCUCUUGAACAUUUGUCAAGAGGCAUUUGAAGGUGCUGACAAUCUAAGAGCUGAACUAAGGCUGAUGACAAGCCCUGAACAAGAUGCUGAACGUCGAGAUAAGGAAAAAAUGCUUAAACUCCGUACUCUUGGAAAUAUACGCCUUAUUGGUGAGCUUCUGAAGCAGAAAAUGGUGCCUGAAAAGAUUGUGCAUCAUAUUGCACAGGAGUUAUUAGGUCCAGACAAUAAAACUUGCCCAGAAGAGGAGAAUGUUGAGGCCGUGUGCCAGUUUUUCACCACUAUUGGAAAGCAGCUUGAUGAAAACCCAAAGUCACGGCGUAUUAAUGAUGUUUAUAUGAGUCGGUUGAAAGAGCUGAGCACAAACAGUCAACUUCUCCCUCGUCUGCGUUUUAUGGUUCGUGACGUUCUUGAAGUGCGAUCAAAGAAUUGGGUUCCUAGGCGUGAAGAGUUCACAGCCAAAAAAAUUUCUGAAAUCCAUACCGACGCCGAGAAAAACCUGGGACUGCGACCUGGUGCUACUGCAGGCAUGCGAAACUCUCGUGGUAUACUUCCUGCUCAAGGAAACAUCGGUCCAGGAGGAUUACCAGUCAAUCGCCCAGGCUUUGGGGGAAUGAUGCCUGGGAUGCCCGGGCAUCCCGGCAUGCGUAAGAUGCCUGGAAUGCCUGUAGCAGACAAUGACAAUUGGGAAGUUCAAAGAAGCAGGAGAGGAGGUGAUGUUAAUAAUGCAUCAUCUUCAGGAGCGCGUUUCCAGUCAUCAUUGGUUGGUAAACCAGCCCUAAUGAACUCAAAUCUCUUACCUCAGGGAAGUGGUGGUAUCAUUAGUGGCAAGUCUAGUGCCCUACUGCAAGGAAGUGGGCCACCUGCCCGUCAACCAAGCUUCGGGUCAAGUGUGGACAUCCCCUUAGUCCAAAUACCCAAGGCUAAGCCCACCCCACCCGAACCAGCAGUUCCGGUUGAGAAACCUACACCUGCUACCACUAAUGUUAUGCCCGAGGAACUUAAGAGAAAGACAAUCUCUCUCCUUGAGGAAUACUUUAGCAUCCGGCUUUUGGAUGAGGCGUUGCAAUGUGUCAAAGAACUCAAAUCACCGUCUUUCCACAACGAAAUUGUCAAGGAAUCAAUUAAUUUGGGAUUAGAUAAGAACCCACCUUGUGUUGAGCAGGUUGCACAGCUCUUAGAAUACUUGUUUGCUAAACAAGUUUUCACUGCAAGUGAUAUAAGCUCUGGUUGUUUGCUUUACGGUGGAAUGAUGGAUGAUAUUGCUAUUGACCUACCCAAAGCUCCCAACAAUUUUGGUGAGAUCAUGGGUAAGCUAAUAUUGGCUGGGGGAUUGAGCUUCAGUGUAGUGAAGGAAGUCCUGCAAAAGGUAGAAGAUGAAAUAUACCGGAAACCUAUAUUUGACGCCGCAGAAAGGGUGGUUGGACAUGGAGUUUUGGAAGCACAAGCUGCUGAUGUUGAAGCAUGCAGGGCCCUUCUCUGAAUGUGGUUAGUACUUAAAAAUUAUUCAAUGUAGUCCACCGCUCUUAAUCCAACGUUUUUCCAUGAUUAAAUUUUUGAUUCUGUGUUUUUUCACAAUUUCCUCAUGUUUUGAGGUUAGUACCUUUGUAUUACUAUAUACUAAGUUGGAGCAGUGAGGAUCUGGGUUUUUUUUAUUCUUCUUAUCGACUGUAUAUUUUGCUCCAAAAGACCAAGGUCAUACUUGUAGGUUUUAAUCUUUUUUUUUAAUGUUUAUUUUUUGGCAAUAUUUUUGGAGUUAGAAGCUUAAUCAUAAUUGCCAUGGAUUUUGAUGUCAGGCAUGGCUGGAUAAUGUGUAAUUUUUUGUUUUGGAUGAUUUGUCCUUGUUAAGGGCUGAGUUCUGUUUUCGGUAACUUUCAGAAUUUUGUGAUGUCCUUGAAUGGUUAAGUAUUUGUUCUUAA